AUGGGCACUUCCAAUGCGUUCACUCGAGAACAUGAUGAAGGUAGUCCGAAAGCCGAAGCUGUCUCUCAGUGGAUGCGUUCGAAGCCGGUGUUAGUACAUACACUGGAAGUGACUGUCAAUGACGGUUGCGUGCAGUCAAUGGCAAAUGGCUUGGUCAACAUAGCUACGACAUCUCAUUCGUGCCAAAAGAGAGUGCCGAUCACACCAUCACAAUUCGUUUCAACAACGAACCUGUAUUUGUCGUGGGAUGCCGUAGCCCCAAGGUAA